UUGCUUCGAAGUUGUGGAACUUCUGAAUUACUGCUACUUUGUUUUUUAUAAUAUCUACAAGAUUGACACAACCAUUCACCCAUUGGUAUGUCCUUUUCUUCGAGAGGUGGGUCACUAACAAAAAAAAAAGGUAAAAUGGUUAGGACACAAAUGACAGUGACAGUGAUGUGCUGACAACUACAAUUUGAACUGAUGUGUAUUUAUUUAAAUUUAACUAAUUGAAAUAAAUAAAAUAGAUUUAGUAUAAUAAUUUGCAAUAAUGGCAUUUUCACUUUGGAAUUUAUUUGAAGCAUCUCUGUUAUUUUUAAACGCAGUUUGCAUUUUGAACGAGGAAAGAUUUCUAAGUAAAAUUGGCUGGAGUUCCCGAACAGGAGGAGCCAAUAUUCAAGGGUUUGGUGAAAAUCCCUCAACAAAGUCACAAAUUUACACUCUCUUCCAUUCAAUUAGGACAGUAGCUAGAAUUCCUUUAAUAGUUAUCAAUCUACUAGUUAUUGUGUUGAAGCUAAUACUCGGAUGAUAUAUUUAAUUUUAAUGUUAGGAAUUAGAAUUUGUGAAUCCUUUAUGUAUUUGUAUAUAUUUUGUAUAAUAAAGAAUUUAUUAUAUUAA